GAAGGCGCGUUGGUUUUAUACAUUUCCUUGUUGUGUGGAAAAUUUGGAGUAGGAGUUUCCUUAUAUUUUCCUUGCAUUUGCAUUUGCAUUUAGAUGAAGACAAGAUACUCAUACAAUAAUUAUAAUAUUAAUACAAUUGGCUGGCCUUCCCUUCCACAACCACAUAAAAAAAGGCCAGGGGUGAGGGGGCGGUCUCCUACUCUUAAGUCUAAGCGAAAAGAGAGCACAGACAGAGAGAUACAGAUAUAUGGAUUGCUCCUGGCCUGACACCUCCCCCUUUGAUCGAAGAAAAGCAGCCGAUGAAUUGCUUCGUGGCCGUGAACUUGCACAACAACUACGAGCGUAUCUACAGAGAAGUUCCACCCCGGCCUCCCAAGAUCUACUCACCAGAAUCCUAUCCUCUUUCUCCAAAACACUUUCCAUCUUGAAUCAUCGCUGCGACUCCGAUGACAUAAAUGGUUCUAUUGUCGACUCACCCGAGGAUCACGGUAGUAGAAAAUCCGAGGAAUCUGGAGACAGUUGCAAGAGCUCCACCCCUAAUAAUGAUCGCAGGGGUUGCUAUAAGAGAAGAAAGAGUUGCCAGAGUUGGGCAAGAGAAACCUGCAGCCUAGUGGACGAUGGGCACGCGUGGAGGAAGUACGGGCAGAAGACGAUUCUGAAUGCCAAAUACCCGAGAAACUACUUCAGAUGCACCCAUAAAUACGACCAGGCCUGCCAAGCCACAAAACAAGUCCAGCGACUGCAAGACCAUCCCCCCAAGUUCCGUACUACUUAUUAUGGCAAUCACACAUGCUCCAAUUUCCUCAAGGCUUCCGACAUAGUGCUCGGCUCCUCCAAUUUCGACGAUUCCUGUGGAGUGCUCCUCAGUUUUGACACCACUGCAGCACCCAACUUUUUUCUCCCACACCAUCCUACGUUGGUUAAGAAGGAAGAAGUUGUAACCCCCGAAGCUGGCAGCGGCAGGGAUGACGAGGCAGUCUGUUCCCCCUCCGAUUACAUGAGUACGGCCGACGACCAUCUCUCCGAGGUUUUCAUGGGUUCCGUCGUCGAUUUUGAGGACGAUGUCUUACCAUUCCACUUUGAUCCAAUUAAUUUUAAUAAUACCCCUUCCGAUCCCCUUGAUCUUCCUAGUUGAUCUGCUUAAGAUGCCUAGCUAAAUCAAUUACUAAUUCAGCUAGGCUGUCAUAGACAGUGAUGUAAAUAUAAAUAAUUUGCAAAUGGCUCUAGGAAUAUUGUAUCAACACUCCAGCCAUCUUUCUUUCAGCCUCUGGGGUAUGCAAAAAUCUCGAUAUGCUUUUCCGCUUAAUUACAUUAGUUACUUGUUUCAUUUCU